AUGGAACUCAUGGCGAUCAAGAAGGUGAUCAUAGUCGGAGCUGGGCCAUCAGGCCUAAUCCUCGGCCUCUUGCUUGCGAAACAAGGAAUUCAAGUUGAAUUGUUUGAUGCUGGUUCGAAAGUUGUCGACCAGCCUCGAGCAGCUAAUUACGCCAGUCAAGCAGUAUACGAACUAGGACGAGCUGGAGUUCUCGAAGACGCCAAGGCACGAGGAUUUCAGCCAGCUGGAUUUGCAUGGCGGCAGUUCGAUGGUACUUUUAUCGCAGGCAUGACCCACGCCGUAUUGCCCGACGAUUAUCCGACUAAGAUGGUCUCUCAUCGAAUUGUGCGCAUUGGUCAGAAUGAGGAACAAGCAUGGCUCGACGUUGAGACCCCAACUGGUCUUCAGAAGCUCGAGGCAGAUUAUGUUAUUGGAUGUGAUGGAGCCAGCAGUACUGUGCGACGAGAGCUGUUUGGAUCUGAAUACCCGGGAGAAACCCUGAAUGCGCAGAUCAUCGCAACUAACGUGAGAUCCCUUUUACUUCUUGCCGCGAAUUCGACACUGAUUACGAGUGCACAGGUCUAUCACAACUUUUGGGACAGCAAUUUUGUCGUCCACCCAGACUACUGGUAUAUGGCAGUCCGGGUCACAAAGGAUGGUCUCUGGCGCGUCACAUACGGUGAUAAGCCCGGACUUAGUAGAGAGAAAUACAUUGCUCGCCAACCCCAGCUCUAUGAGAAACUUUUACCUGGCAACCCCAAGCCGGACCAAUAUCAACUUACCAACAUUAGUCCGUACAAACUGCAACAACGAUGCGCGCCAAGUUUCCGUGUCGGAAGGGUCCUUCUUGCAGCAGAUGCUGAGCAUCUUUGUAACGCAUUUGGUGGACUUGGUCUUACAGGCGGCAUUGCCGAUGUUGGCAGUCUUUUUGAUUCACUAAUGGGUAUUCAUAAGGGUCUCGCAGAUGAAACCAUCCUCGAUAGAUACAGUGAGAUUCGGAAACGCAUCUGGGCCGAGAUUAUUGAUCCCAUGUCCCGUGCGAAUUUCAAACGGCUAUAUGAUCAGGACCCAACCAAGGCCCGGAAGAAUUCUUCCGGUUGUGUGUUAUAG